AAAGUUCUUAAUGAUGAUUUAUUUGCUGAACUUAGACAUGCAUAUAAAGAAGAACUUAGUUGUGUUAAACAUCUUACAUCACAAACUGUAAAAUAUUUUAAUAGUAUUAGCUAUACUAUAGUUGACAAUGAUGAUCGAGUAGAUGUAAAACUUCAUAUUGGUAAUACUGUAGAUAUUUUAGAAGAUAUAUCAAAUGAUACAUUGAAAAAUCCAAAGACA